UUUUGGAAGUCUAGUCCAAGUAUACUUGCUGUGCAAAGAUCGGCAGUCCUCAAGAAGCAACAGCAACAACAAAAGGCAGCCUCAUCAGACAGUGGUUCAGAAGAGGAUUCAUCAGGUAGUGAAGAUUCUACAGAUGACUCAUCUAGUGAAACCAGGAAGAAAAAACAUAGAGAUGAAGACUGGCAAAUGUCGGGAUCAGGGUCAGUAUCAGGAACUGGUUCUGAUUCUGAAUUAGAGGAAGAUAGGGAGAAAAGCAGUUGUGAAGAGAGUGAAUCUGACUAUGAGCCAAAAAACAAGGUCAAAAGCCGGAAACCUCCGAGUAGAAUUAAGCCAAAAAGUGGGAAAAAGUGUGCAGGACCAAAAAAGAGGCAACUUGAUUCAUCGGAGGAUGAGGGGGAAGAUGAUGAUGAUGAUGAUGAUGAUGAUUGCGAUAAGAGAGGAUCUCGUCGCCAGGCAACAGUCAAUGUUAGUUACAAAGAAGCUGAAGAAGCGAAGACAGAUUCUGAUGAUUUGCUGGAAGUUUGUGGAGAAGAUGUCCCACAAACUGAAGAAGAUGAAUUUGAAACUAUAGAGAAGUUCAUGGAUAGUAGAGUUGGCCGAAAAGGAGCCACAGGUGCUGCAACCACCAUCUAUGCAGUAGAGGCAGAUGGUGACCCAAAUGCUGGGUUUGAAAAGUCAAAGGAGCCAGGAGAAAUACAGUAUCUUAUUAAAUGGAAAGGCUGGUCACAUAUCCAUAACACUUGGGAAACUGAGGAAACACUGAAGCAACAAAAUGUUAAAGGAAUGAAGAAACUGGACAAUUAUAAGAAAAAGGAUCAGGAAACAAAACGAUGGCUGAAAAAUGCAUCUCCAGAAGAUGUGGAAUAUUACAACUGCCAGCAGGAGCUUACAGAUGAUCUACAUAAGCAAUAUCAGAUAGUGGAAAGAAUAAUUGGUAUUAAAAUGCUGAUCAGAUGUCUCUGGUGUAUUUCUGCAGCUCAUUCAAAUCAGAAAUCAGCGGCUGGUUAUCCAGACUACUAUUGCAAAUGGCAGGGUCUGCCUUAUUCAGAAUGUAGCUGGGAAGAUGGUGCUCUCAUUGCCAAAAAGUUUCAGGCACGCAUUGAUGAGUACUUUAGCAGAAAUCAAUCCAAGACCACUCCCUUUAAGGAUUGCAAG